UCCGUGAUGCGCCACGGUGGUCACGCAGGACGCGGACAGUCGGGACGUUGCCUGCGGGGCUCGUGAAGUGAGUCUAAAGCUGGAUUACCAACACGCCGAGAGCUCUCCAGCAGAGGGCAGCAGAAGCUCAACUCGAAGAUCGGGUCCCAGAGCUGUGAGCGCCGUCAGGAUUACUCCUUUAACAACCAUGAAAGGUUCUCCUGAUCUGAUUCCCUCUGCAGAUUUGGACCCGAGCAGAGUGUGCAAAGGGAAAGGCGUGGUGACCCUGAGGGCGACCCUCGUCCACAUCGACGACGACGACGACGAGCCGAAUGUCAUCACAGCUACAAGCAGCUGGACCGACCAGAUUAAUGGAGACGGAUCCAAAGCAGGAGCGGCCGAGAGUGGCAGCAGCAACGCUCCUCAGUUACCUCCUGAGAGCGACACCUGGUGCCAGGCCUCUUCACCCAGAAGCAUAAGAGAAAACCAAGCUGCUUCUCCUCCAGAUGCUCUGCACGUUAACCCCUCGCCUCCCGGUUGUGUUUAUCCCCGCACCAGUUCUGUCAACCCGACCAUCGUCCUGCUGCAGCACAACAGAGCUUUGGCUGCUGAGUCACUUCUCACCGUUUGUCUCUCUCUCGCCACAGAGCAGCAAAAGCAUCCGCCUCACGUCGAAGAUCCGGCCCCAGGCGAAGGCCCCGAUCCCAGCAGGGAGUCUGCCAGUCCGGGCUCCGACAUGGACGGGACGAGGCUGCGGCUGGCGCCUCACUCCCCCGUCCGCGGCCCCAUAAGCAAACCCAUUGUGCCUGUUCGGAACACUGAAAAGUCCAAGGACUGGUAUAAGACCAUGUUCAAACAGAUCCAUAAAUUACCCGAGCCUUUUGAGGAAAACCCCUACCGCCCCACCUACAUUUUCCCCGAGACCUUUGACAUUCGCAUGACCCCAAAAGACGACGGUCCCACCCCGUAUGUUUACCUGGAAGAUGAAAGAACUGUUCCACGCUCUAAAAGCGACGACCUGGUGGACUCCAGAGGGAGACUGAUGCCGGUUCCAACUCGGUCCUCGUCUCUCAAGCCGUCUGCCAAAAGGAGCGAGUGGGAACCGCCGGAUAAGAAGGUGGACACCAGGAAGUACCGUGCCGAGCCCAGGAGCAUCUUCGACUACGAGCCGGGGAAAUCAUCCGUCCUGAAGCUGGAGAGAACGGAUGUAAGUCCAGAAGAUGUAGAUUUAGAGAAUGAGCCUUGGUAUAAAUUCUUUUCAGAGAUGGAGUUUGACAAAGCGAGUGCCCCCUCCUUCAGCCCUCUGGAAACAGCCUCCGACCUGCAGCAGUACUCCUCUAGCAAGUCUGGACACAACGAGGGGGAGAAGGACGGGGGGUCGUCGUCUGGCGACCCCGCCGCUCCAGAAUGCGACCGACACGUUUAUAAGAGCGUCCUGGAGGGCGGCGACAUUCCCCUGCAAGGCCUGCGGGCUUUAAACAAGCGUCUUGGCAGCUCCUCCUCCUCUAAAGUGGAUUAUAAAGGUGGGAAUGGCUAUUUAAUUUCACCCUGCUCCUCUGUAAAUAGUCGAACGGUUCUUGCCAGUAAUGCAAUAGGUGACCAGUGUAAGAGUAAGAAGCCCCUGUCCGCUGCCAAAGCCUGCAUACCGCAGAUCCUGCCCUCUAAGUUCAAGCCCAAGCUGCUGCCCCCCGGUGGUGACAGCAGGGACUGCAGCAGCGACUGCGCCAGACAGCCCAAGUCUCACAGCUGUGAGGAUAUCUACCCAGGGCGCUUUGGAGAAGAGGAGGACCGGGGCGUCUCCCCAGCGGUGAGACGGAGCGCGUCCGGGUUCUCCAGCCUUUACCGCUCCAUGCAUCACAUCCAGCGGCCCAGUUCGGUCGGCUGCAGCCCGCACGGCAGCGUCCGCAGCCUCACCUCGCUGUUUGAGGCGGCCAAGAGCAACGCAGAGAAGUCGGUCGGGACUGUUGGACGGGACAACGUGUCAUCAAGGGUCAGCGAGUUCGAAUCGAUGAUCCAGCGGUCUGGCGCCGCCCCCAGCCGCUCGUCGUCACUGCCCGCCCUGGACUCCGGGCGGAACCGCAGCCCCGACCGCGUGGCGUCCGCCGUGUCCGCCGAGGCGCUCCUGACAACCGAAGCCACAACGACGGACGUUAGCACUGCGGCGGAGGGCGGGAACUCCAGGGUUUCGUCUCCGGAGGACGAGGUGGCUUCGUCAUCGGGGGAUGGACAGGAAGUGGAACAGAUCCUCAGUGGAUCCAAAACCCCUCCGCUCCACCACCACCAUCACCACCUGCACCACCUGAACCACCCACUCCUCCUAAAGCCCAGCAAGUGCAAAGGCGCCUGCCCGGCCUCCUACACCCGCUUUACCACCAUCCUGCGCCACGAGAGGCAGCAGGACACACCGGCUGCUGCGGAGCGGAAGGCCAUGCUGCCGGGAAACCUUUUCCUCAUGGGCCCGGCGCCCUUCAGGUUACGGAAGAACCCACAGCAGCACCAAACCCGCCGGACGCUGUUGGCCACCAGGGUGACGGCGGGCACCCAGAGGCCCCUCAUCCCGCGGCGGCUCUCCUCCCUGGAGGUCGUGGAGAAGCUGGAGGGCGGCGGGACGGAGCGGCUGAGUAACGGCCAGGUGUUUGACGCCAACGGGAACCUACUGGCAGCUCACCAUAGAGACUCGGCCCCAGCUCAGGGGGAAAGCCAGGAUGAAGUGUUGAGGAAGCGUCAUGGGGACAAAGAGAAAAUCCUGGAGGAGCAGCGGCGGCUGAAGCGGGAGCAGGAAGAGGCCGACAUCGCGGCCCGGAGGCACACGGGGAUUGUUCCGACGCACCACCAGUUCAUCACCAACGAGCGCUUCGGAGACCUGCUCAACAUCACAGAUAACGCCGAGAAACGGAAAUCAGGCGUCGAGAGAACUCCAGCCAUGGCACGCUUUGACUUCAGAGCAGAGAGCCUAAAGGAAUUACCGUUUCAAAAGGGGGAUAUUGUGUACAUAAUCCGACAAGUCGAUCAGAACUGGUAUGAAGGAGAACAUCAUGGAAGAGUCGGCAUUUUCCCACGAAGUUACGUUGAGCUCCUGCCUCCCACAGAGAAAGCCCAGCCAAAGAAAAGCGCCCCGGUCCAGGUUCUGGAGUACGGAGAAGCGGUCGCCCGCUUCAACUUUAAGGGCGACACAGUGGUGGAGAUGUCCUUCAGGAAGGGCGAGCGGAUCACGCUGAUCCGCAGAGUGGAUGAGAACUGGUACGAAGGGAAAAUCUCCGGCACCAAUCGGCAGGGUAUUUUCCCCGUCACCUACGUGGAAGUCCACAAGCGGCCGCGCGUGAAGAACGGCGUGGACUACCCGGACCCGCCGGUCAGCCACUCGCCGCAGCGCAGCACCAACGCCUCGCCGCAGCUGUAUCGUAACCGCCUCACCACCUCCCCGCUGCCGCUGCCCCGCUCCCCGCGCCGCUCCGUCUCACCCGAGGUCCACGCCGUCUCCUCCGAGUGGAUCUCUCUCACCGUGGGCGGUGGCAGCCCCCCCGCCGCCCCUACGCCCCCCCUGCCGCCGCCGCCCACCGUCUCCUACCGCUGGGGCGAGUACCUGCCCCCGCCGUACUCUGCCAGCCCCGUGCCCUACAUCUCCCCGAUGGUGUCUCCGUCCGCCUCCCCGCUGCCGCCGCCGCAUCCGCCCAGGCCCGGCUCGGCCACGCCCUUUCUCACCUUCACUCCGCCACAGGGGGAGGACUUCCUGUCGCGCAGCGUGAGCCCCAACGGCGGGCCGGUGCUUGAAGGCUGGCUGAGCGAGGGGGAGAGCGCGGAGGGGGAGCGGGGCCGGGUGGCCCGGGGCAGCAGACAGAGUAGCCCUGCAGAGUUUGUGAAGAACGAGGCCGACCAUCUGGGACGGAUCUCCAGGAGCCCCGUGACGCCGUACGACAUCCAGGAGAACAACAACGUUAACUCAUUUGCGGAGGCAGUGUGUAAUGAGAUCUUGAAUAUUGCUGAGACCUCAGUGAGGUACUGCAGCACCCUGUCCCACCACCAUAAUGACUCUCUUCAUAGACUGCACCCCCACCCCAGUAAACCAUGUCUCAUCAUUUCCCAGCAACCCCAGUCCCACAGCAGCAGCCCAGAGCCGAGUCGUCUCAGCUGUGGAAUUUUCCAGGCUUUGUACAGUUAUGUGCCUCAGAAUGACGACGAGCUGGAGCUGCAGGAGGGAGAUCUCGUCAGUGUCAUGGAAAAAUGCGAUGACGGCUGGUUUGUCGGCACAUCGAGGAGGACAAAACAGUUUGGGACUUUCCCUGGGAAUUACGUGAAGGAAGUGAAACUGUAACCACAUCUAAUCUGCCUGUAACACACGGUUGCCUGUCAAGCUUGGGGAAGUUAUUACUACUGCGCAUGGCUGCUGGGUAGAAUAGUCGUCUGGCCAGGCGAAUACGUUUGCUGGUUAAGUGAUCGGUGCGGCCGAGGGGAUGUGGAAGGACGGCGGAGGGGACGGCGCUCUCUCUCCGCCCAAACCGCCGUCACCCGUUACUCACUUCUGGGCAGAAUCCAUCCGACUCCAACAUGUGGGGAUUACGUCACUCGAAUUAGCUGAUGUUGCACAGAUUAUAGCUUCCAGUACGUCCGUGUGUUUAUGUAGCACCUGGUCUCGAUCGCCACAUCACAAUGGAUCUUAUUACCGAAGAAGGACUUUGGAGGAGGGAACAACGUUGUAUUUUGUGAAGCCGCCUUUCGGGACCAGAGGUGCGAAUCAUCAAUCUUGGAUCUUCUUAAUUUAAAAAUAUCAAAUUUACUUCCCAGAUGUGAAAUUUUGUCUGUCAAACAGACUUUUCCCCUUUGAUUCUGAUUGAAAAAAAACAAUCAUUUUGAGUUUAAAGGGCAUAUAUCAUUAUUAUUAAAGAUGAUCUAUAAUGCUUCCUUGAACAGGUUGUGGUAGGUCUAAGGCCGAAACAAAACAUGUUCAUUACAUUUUUUUGGACAAAUCUUUCUUAGAUGAUGAGAUUGUAGUCAGUUUCAGAAUGAGCUGUUUUAGGGCUCUGUCACUUUAAAUCCAUAUAAGCUGCAGCUGGUCAUCCCCCCAACAAAUCAACAUUUACACUUUCUGCUGCAAAAAGAUGCGUCGUUUUACAGCCAUACUUUGAAAAGCAGAAGUGGAGCCUCCUGCACAACCAACAAGACUGCAUCAAGUGGCUUCAGACACUGAUGAAGAAAAACCAUCGUCACAGGCAGUUACUGGUAAAAGAAACUGUUCCAGCCUGAUGAACUUGGUGGUCUGGCUGUCGACUCUGCUAGCAGCUGUAGCAACUGUGUGUCAACUUUAAAUAGUUUCUUAAUUUCAGUCUAAUUUUUCUAUUAUUUUUUGGAAUGUCUUUGUAGCAAGCAUGCUAACUCAUCCUCUUUCCAUGUAAUUGCCUUAAAACAGGGAAGCCAAACAUUUUCAUUUUUGGCCGCAUGUAGAUCAUGAAUGUCUCCGAAGGGCCAGUUGAUGCAGAAUGUAUUAAUAAAACUAAACGUUAAACUGUUGAAACUUAUCUACAUCUAAUUAGUACUUCUUAAAAUGUUAAUUUUUUAACUUCUUUUCACACAAAUGUAAUUUGGUCCUAUACAAAUGAAAACUGAUUUGUUUUCUGAUUAAAUCAUGUUUAAGUACAUAACUGGUAUCUUAAAGUUCAAUUUCUGUGGCUCUCUACAGUAGAGGGCCACAGAAAUAGUCACGGUGGCCGGAUUUGGCCCGCGGGCCGUGAGUUUAAUACAUGUGCCUUAAAAUGUUAAUUUUUUUGUCUACAGUAAUUAAAAUACAUUAUCCAUAUAUGGCCGUACUUUCCUGUUUUUGGGAGCGUGGCUUUAAAGUCUCGUUUUGUUUCAAAAAAUUAUCUUUUUAAAGUUUCUUAUUCACUUUGAAAACAAACAAAAUUUGAGGUACUUUAAAUAUGAAGCUUUCCGUCUCUUCAAUAUGAUGAUAUCUGCCCUUUAACCAUCAGUAACGUUAGCGACCCCUGCUGGAACUGGUCUGAUUUUGCUUCUCUUUUUUUUUUUUUUUGGUUAUCUGAAAUUACUAUAACUUCAGUGUUGUUGUUUUUCAGGGGAAUGUUAAAGCUGCUACACCUCUGUGUAAUCCUAACGCUUCAGACACCGCUUCAGUAUUGUUUUGUUUUUUAACCAAACGCUCUUCCUGAUGCAGUCGGGUGCAUGUGUAGAAACAACAAGCUUAUUUAAAAUGAUAUAUUUAAGCCCGAGCAGCAAAAGCGCUGCGAAGGCAAAUUGUUUUCUAUAUUGUUUCUGUAGCAAACACAGAGCAGGACACACAGACUGUGUUGCACGUUCUCUCCAAGUGAAGCGCCGCUUUUGAUUUGAUUGGAUUAAGUGACGCCUUUAAGGUAGCUAGUGACCCAACGCCUUCAGCACAACUACCAGACGGGCGUGGUCGCACUUAACUUCCUGUUUGUCCCCAGCUUACAAGAUAAAAGCAGAUUCAUCUGAUAUGACCUACACUGCAAAAUCACGAUACUUUUGGUUUAGUUUUUUGUGUAAAUAUAUUAAUGCACUUAAAAAUAAAACAAAACUAACUUAGAGGUAACUUAUUAGAAUGACAGGAACGUGUUUUAAGUUAAUUCCUUAAUAUGAAAGAAAAAGUUGUAGCUUCACUGACAACUGGCUCUGCCGUUACCUAGCAACCCCGGUCAAGCACAGCCCGUCGCCUAGCAACCCAGUUCCACUUGCAGAUUAUUUUAUGUGUAACAAUAAAUGUUUUCAGGAAGUGAUAAUCUGCCAGGGAAACCUGCACUUUUUCAUUAACAUUUAGUUAUCUACUUAAAACCAGCUCCUAUAUAUUGCUGAAAAGUUACUUGUAAGUCAUUUUUAUCUUAUUUUAAAUGUACUAAGAAGUUUCCACUAGGAAUACUUGGUAAGAUUUUGUGUUUUUGCAGUGUACUGCGAUCUAGUUUUAGUUCAGGAAUGUGAUUUUUACUGAUUCUUAUAGAAGUUUUAACCACAUCCUCUGGGAUCAGAUUGUAUCCACACACACGAGGCCUUCUGAAUACGAGCACGUGUUUGUUUUUCUUUCUGUAAACGUUCUGCAUGCACUGUAAAACCAAACUGCAGCAUGAAAUCCCAUCUCAACCCAAUUCAUCUUCCCACAGAGGUGGUGACAGGGUUUCACUUUAGAUCCUCUGAGAGCAUCAGAGCCGUCUUCCUGUGUGAGAAACGCCACAUCCCAGAGUUAAGCUACCUACAAAAACAAGGACUAUUAUUGAUCUUUUUUUUCAUAUUUUCUUUAGAAUCCGUCUUGUUUUUGUCUGUCUCAGCUCUGUGCAUGUUAGUCCUGAACAGAGCUGUCGGAUUGUUCUGCAGAUACCCGUAGAGCUUGUUAUGACCUGCACAGAGCAGCAUGACGCUGUAGUUUGAGGGUUAUUUGCUAAACAGGUAUUUUUAAGCUGCUUUGGUGCAGAUCAGGGCUCUGUGCAAAGAUUAUAAUCAUCAUUUCUCAAUUACAGUAUAGCAGACCAUCAGUAGUUAUCCCUUUGUACAGUGCCUUGAGAAGUAUUCACAGUCAUACUUUUUUUUUUUUUUGCAUUUGUCAACUUCCAGUCACAAACUUCAAUCUGUUUUUAUUAGGAUUUAAUGAAAGAUCAACACAAAUUAAUUACGGCAUAAUUCCAGUUUACAUAUGGAAACGAUGAGGCUGCGUUCGCACAGCAGAAUGUGAUGCAAAUUGGAUUUUUUGUGCACCUUUUCCACAUCAGUGUGAACGGCCUAUGGAAGAGGAUUAGGGCCAAUGUAAAACAUGUAAAUAAAAUGUUGACUUUUAACUCAUAAUUCUGAUUUUGUGCCAAUCUGCGUCAAAUUCCAAAUAACCAAAUAUUCUUAGGUCAAUUAUGUGGUUAGCUAAUGAAAAUAAUCACAUUGUUUCUUUCUUGUAACUGUGUUUGUAGACCUGCUCUUUGUCCUCAUUGAAAUCCUGUCACAAAUUUAAUUGGUAUAUUUUAGACGAGAUUUGCUGCAUAAACAAUUUAAAUGAUUCUGAUCCUGAGAAAAAAGUCCAAAUUUGUAUUACUUUUUUUUCAGUGGCCCUCAUGUUAUUCCGUAUAAUUGCGAUCCUUUCAUACAAAAACAAAAAAAACAUAAAAUUUAUUGGACAUAUAUUAGUUUUCAAAACAGCCAGAUUUUUGCACAUUCUUCUUUACGAAAUAGCUCCAACUCACUUUGAAUGGUCAUGCAAAAAAGAUCCUCAAUUGGAUGCAAGUCUAGACUUUGACUAGGCCAUUCUAACACAUCUAUAUGCCUUGAUCCAUCUUAUUGUUGCUUUGGGUGCUACAGGUGAACCUCCACCCCAGUCUACUGUCUUCUAAAGUCUCAGAUUUUUUCUUAUUUCCAUAAUAUUUUUGUUUUAACCUCUCUGAUUACGGCUCUCCGUCUCCAGUGUGUCUUACUGUUUUUAUUUUAUUUUACUUUUCCUCUGAUGUGUCCUCUGUGAGAUCUUGUUGCUGUUAUUUCCUGACCUCUCUGCCGUGUUUCUGUCUUCCUGAUGCUUUUCGUCCACUAACGUUCCCAGACACGUCACACAAGAGUUGGAAUUUGUUCCGGCAUCAAAUACAAUCAUUUAAACAUAAUUUUUAUUAAUUCCACUUUACAAAAACAGAAAAUCUUGUGAUUUAAUAAGUAAUCUUGAUCUAUCUCUGUACACUUGAAAUGAAACUAAACUAACCAGGAACUUUUCAGCAAGAAACAGCAGCUUCUUUUAACGAUUUCUAGAUGUUGAUUUUAAAAAGUUCGACUUUCACUAGCAGAAUAUUCCACUAAUAAUACAUAAUACUUAUAAUAUUUCCCUCAUCGUUACAAGUGAAUUAAUGUUUGUUUUAUUGCCUUAAAACAAGCUCCUAUAUCUCGCUGGAAAGUAACUUCUGACUUAGUUUUGUCUUAUUCCAUAUUUGUAAAGGAAACUAGACCAAACUGAGUUGGUAAGAUUCUGUUUUUGCAGUGUAUCCAUUAAUUUGUGUUGAUCAUAUAAAAUCCCAGUUGUUUUUAUUACAGUUUGUGUUUCUGAUGUGACAAAAUGUGAAAAAGAAACAUGCUUUAGAUAGAAAUCAGAUGAAGGAAAUAUGAGAAGUAAAUGAAGUUCAAUUUGUCACCAGAACAAUCAGUGUUCCCAUUUCUUUGGGGUUUAAUUCAGUUUUUUCCCUCCUGCUUUGCCAACAUAGCUAGAGUUUUUCCUCAGCUGGUUUGUGAUAAUUUGCUGCACUGUGGGUUUGCACUGAUGUAUCGUUCGUGUUUUGUUUCACCGCAGAGGCCUCCACGACAUGUUUGAUCCUCUAUAGCCUCAGCUUCACUUCAAUGUGUCUGGCUGGUUGAGAGUGUGACGACUUGUAGCAUUUGUAAACUUCCAUUAUAAAAAUAGAUUUUUUUAACACUCGAUGUAAAAAUAGGUCAGUCAUAAAUACUCGCAGCAGUGUUUUUGUGCUCUAUUGUGCUCCAUACAGCAUCAGGGGGUGAAUGAAUGUUUGCAGAUAUGAAUGUGAUGCAGGCAGCGUUGUCCAAACUUCAUCCUAAAUGAGAAGAGGAAAUGUUGUAAAUAUGUAAAAUAGAGCAAACAGACUGUAAACGGCAGGAGGAUCAGAUUGUUCUCUCUGUCACUCGGAUUUGAGGCAAAGCACAGAAGGUUUCACAUGUUUUCACGUUCGCUGCCAUUUGUGAGCAUAACCAUGAGGAUUUAUUAAAUUCUGCCUCAUUAGCUGCGUUUCCGUUACAAAUGUGCACAAAACUUUCAUAUUCCACUAACGUCGGAUAAAACACGAUUUUGUAAUUGCAGUGUUUCCAUUUAAUGAGAAACAGAAUUAAAUCACAGGUGAAUAAGUUUGUUCACACGAUAAAUCAUUAAAAACACGAUCCUCCAACUACUUCCUGUUUUAUUCUUCGUGGUUUGUGCCAGUGACAACAUCCUGUUGUUGAUCAUGUGACUCAUUUGACGCAAAGAUAUUGUUUCUGUAGCAGUUUUGCAAAUAAAACCAAUUUUGAUACGUCCAUAAAACACCUCACCAUAACGCUAAAACUUUUUUUUUUAAUUGCGCAAUUAAAUAGUGAAUGGAAACGCAGCUAGUGUCAUUUUUUUAAUUUUGAUUUACUGAAAUGUAUCGGGUCAUAAUUCAGUGUAACUAUGGUCUGUUUGUUACCAAACUAGAACCAGUACCUAAGAGUGUGACAUAUUGCUUCGAAAUAACGAUUAACAACUGAAAUAAUUGGGAUAGUUUGAUGAGAUGCACAACCUGCAACAGGUUUGGCUUGUUUGCUUCAGUUUGCAGUGAUGUUAGAUUAACAACAUUAAAAUAAAGAUACCACACACGGCUGUGACUACGGUAUUAUGCAAUAUUUAAUAAACAAUUUAAAAUA